GGCUCGGUGGCCGCGGAGCGAGUUAUGGGUAUUUGCAGCAGGGAGCGCGCAUUACCCCACAGCGCCAGCCCCCUGCUAAUCUAGAACAAUCUGUUCCUACAGGAAAGUCUUAUAACCCAGUAUGCAGUAACUUCACCUCACUGACCAGGUCAUAUCAAUAAAAUCCCCAUAAGCAUGCAGUAAGUGUGAUCAGGAGUAAUGCCAACACAGUUUGCAUAAUUAGAAAAAAAAUAUUAAGUUCACCUCUUCAUGAACUUUCUACUGAGAAUGCAGAUAAACAAAGUGUCCACUUCAAUAAUUUAAUCCAUGAAAGCUUGCAGAGAAGAUGGCUGAUGUUAGCCUGAAGGAAAUAGCACUGAUAGUAGGUGUGGUGGCAGCCUGUUACUGGAACAGUCUCUUCUGUAGCUUCGUUUUUGAUGAUGUUUCAGCAAUUCUGGACAAUAAAGACUUGCAUCCUUCUACUCCUUUAAAAAAUCUGUUUCAGAAUGACUUCUGGGGGACUCCGAUGUCUGAGGAGAGGAGUCAUAAGUCAUAUCGACCGCUUACUGUCCUCACAUUUCGUUUAAACUACCUCUUCAGUGAGUUAAAUGCCGUUUCUUAUCACCUCCUAAAUGUGGUUUUUCAUGCGGUGGUUUGCAUAGUCUUCCUUAAGGUCUGUAAGCUUUUUCUGGACAACAGGAGCAGUGUAAUUGCAUCCUUGCUGUUUGCAGUGCACCCAAUACACACUGAAGCGGUAACUGGAGUGGUUGGCAGAGCAGAGCUUUUAUCAUCUAUCUUUUUUCUAGCUGCUUUUUUGUCAUACACCAAAUCAAAAGGGCCAGACAAUACCAUAGUGUGGACUCCAAUUGCAGUGACAGUGUGUCUAGUAGCCGUUGCAACAUUGUGCAAAGAGCAAGGAAUAACAGUGGUGGGGAUAUGCUGUGUCUAUGAAGUAUUUAUAGCUCAAGGGUAUACUUUGCCUAUGCUGUUGGAUGCUGCCAUGCAGAUUCUCCGAGGGAAAUGCAGUAUUCCUUAUUCUAUGCUCCAAACACUGUUAAAGCUUAUUGUUCUGAUGUUCAGUACACUGCUCCUUGUUGUAGUCAGAGUCCAGGUCAUUCAGUCUCAGCUUCCAGUGUUUACCAGGUUUGAUAACCCAGCUGCUGUAAGUCCAUCUCCUGCAAGGCAGCUGACUUUCAACUACCUCCUCCCUGUAAAUGCUUGGCUUCUUCUAAAUCCCUCAGAGCUAUGCUGUGAUUGGACAAUGGGAACUAUUCCACUUGUGGAGUCUUUCCUAGAUAUAAGAAAUAUUGCCACCAUUACAUUUUUUUGCUUUUUGGGAUCUUUGAUUGUCUUCAGUCUCCGAUACCCUGGGGAUUCCUCCAAGACUGUAUUGAUGGCACUCUGUUUAAUAGUGUUGCCAUUCAUUCCUGCAUCAAACCUCUUUUUUCCUGUUGGGUUUGUAGUAGCAGAACGAGUGUUGUACGUCCCUAGCAUGGGAUUCUGCAUUCUAGUAGCACAUGGGUGGAAAAAACUAUCAAACAAAAGUGUGCUGAGAAAGCUGUCCUGGAUUUGUCUGUCUGUAGUGCUGUUCACUCAUGCCUUAAAAACACUGCACAGAAACUGGGAUUGGGAAUCAGAAUACACCUUAUUUAUGUCCGCUUUAAAGGUAAAUAAGAACAAUGCCAAACUAUGGAAUAAUGUGGGUCAUGCUUUAGAAAAUGAAAAGAACUUUGAAAGAGCUUUGAGAUUCUUCAUACAGGCCACACGAGUGCAACCAGAUGAUAUUGGUGCCCACAUGAACGUAGGAAGAACUUAUAAAAAUUUAAACAAAACCAAAGAAGCAGAAGAGUCAUACAUGAUUGCUAAAUCACUGAUGCCACAGAUUAUCCCAGGUAAAAAAUACGCAGCACGAGUUGCUCCUAACCAUCUAAAUGUUUAUAUAAAUCUUGCAAACUUGAUUCGGGCAAACGAAUCUCGCCUUGAAGAAGCAGAUCAGUUGUAUCGACAAGCAAUUAGUAUGAGGCCAGAUUUCAAACAGGCUUACAUUAGCAGGGGUGAAUUACUUUUAAAAAUGAAUAAGCCUGUGAAAGCGAAGGAAGCUUAUCUUAGAGCCCUGGAACUGGACAGAACCAAUGCAGACUUGUGGUACAACUUGGCAAUUGUUUACAUUGAACUAAAAGAUCCAACAGAAGCCCUGAAGAACUUCAACCAGGCAUUAGAACUUAAUCCUAAACAUAAACUGGCGUUGUUCAAUUCUGCACUACUCAUGCAAGAAUCUGGUGACCCUAUGCUUAGACCUGAAGCCAAGAAAAGGCUGUUAAGUUAUGUGAAAGAGGAACCACAAGAUGCAAAUGGCUACUUCAACUUGGGUAUGCUGGCAAUGGAUGACAAAAGAGAUGCUGAAGCAGAGUCUUGGAUGAAGAAAGCCAUAAGGUUACAACCAGGCUUCCGAAGCGCUUUGUUUAAUUUGGCACUGCUUUAUUCUCAGACUGCAAAAGAGCUGAUGGCUUUGCCAGUCCUGGAAGAGUUAUUGAGAUAUUACCCUGAUCAUACCAAAGGUUUGAUUUUAAAGGGCGACAUCUUAAUGAACCAAAAGAAAGAUAUAAGUGGAGCUAAAAAGUGUUUUGAAAAAAUCCUGGAAAUGGAUCCUAACAAUGUACAAGGAAAACAUAAUCUUUGUGUAGUUUAUUUUGAGGAACGAGACUUAAUAAAAGCAGAAAAAUGUCUUGUUGAGACAUUGGUAUUAGCACCGCAUGAGGAAUAUAUUCAACGUCAUUUAAAUAUAGUCAGAAGUAAAAUUUCAUUGCUCGGUGCUGCAGAACAGUCAACAUUUCCAGCAGAUGGGACUGCAGCUGUGGGGGGGAAAAAAAUUCCAUUUGAAAACUUGAAAGAAGUAAAAAAUGAACAGAAAACCACCCAGACAUUGAAUAGUAACAUUAACAAAGGACAGUCAAAUAGCAAGAAACGAACAGAAAAAAAUAACACAGACAAAGAGACUAAAAAAAAAUCUACAAAAGAAAUCAAAGACAUUGAAAAAAAAAGAGUUGCUGCUUUGAAAAGACUAGAAGAGAUUGAACGUAUUUUAAAUGGUGAAUAGCCUUUAUCAUGUCACAAUAGAGCAGGGGGAGGACACGACUUUUAAUUAUUGCAUAAUGUUUGAUCAAACUGGAAAUUAGACUGGUGCUUUGAAAAUGGAAAGAAUAUUAACAGCAUAUCAUUUAACA